AUGGAUGUCGACAAGACGAGCUUCUACCCGCUACUGCUGGACAUCCUUACCGACAUUUCCACGUCCGCGUUCGUGGCAAUCGACCUGGAAUUAUCAGGCGUCCCUACCAAAGAAUCAUGGGUCAAGAACUCCAGCGUCGGCAAGCAGACACUCCAGGAGCGGUACCUCGAGGUCAAAGCCGCGGCAGAACGCUACCAGAUCCUCCAGAUCGGCCUGACCUGUGUCGAGCAGAAUCUCCAGGCCGGCAAGUAUACGCUGAAACCGUACAACUUCGACCUCUGUCCCAUCGUCAACGAGCGCAUAGACAUUGAGCGAGAGUUCUCCUUCUCAUCUGGCGCUGCCGAGUUCCUGCUCCGAGUUGGCUUCGAUAUGAACAGGCCAUUCGCGCAUGGCGUGCCGUAUCUCUCACGUUCGGAGACGAGGGUUGCCCGCGAGAAGUACACACUACGCCAAGACAGAUCUGCCAUUUCCGACAUCGCCCUCAAACCUACCGAGUUCGAGUCAUUGGCUUUUCUGGAGAGAGUGCGUAGCGAGAUCAACGCGUGGGUAGAUUCGAAGCACCUUGACACCCCCGAAUACCUCAACAUUGCUCCCGUUGGAUUUGGAACCAUGCUCGAUGGAGAGCCUUCAACAGAGGAGCUAUCCCGAUACGAGAAGCGUUUGGUCCAUCAGCUGGUGCGUGCCGAAUACCCGGAAUUGGUGACCAUGAGCAGGAAGGGCUUCAUUCAGAUUAUCAAAUUCGACAAAGAGCGCGAGGACAGAGUUGCAGAGGGUAAGAAGCGAGAGCACGAGGAGCGAAUUGGCCGGCAAAAGGGAUUUCGGUGGAUCAUUGAAGCAAUGCUGGGCAACAACAUCGCCAAUAUGGAUCUGAAGGAGUGCGCAAAGGACAGUGUGACUGGACAGCCCAUCUUCUACGACAGAGAUGACUUCAAGGCACAAUUUUCCCGCGCUCAGGCACUAUUGAGAAGGAACCCAGUCGUUUUGGUCGGACACAAUUGUUUCCUCGAUUUGGUCUACGUCUACCGGACUUUCAUUGGGACGCUGCCCGACACUGUCGAGGAAUUCCAGAACACGCUGCAUAGGUGUUGGCCUAUAAUCGUGGACACCAAGUACAUGUCGACACACAAUUGCGGUGAUAUCAGCCCCGCCAGCUCUCUGGAACAGAUCGCCACUCAACUCUCAGCCGAGAGAACGCCCAUUGUGGAUACAGACCCUCAACACACGAAGUACAACAACGUGGAAGCAUAUCACGAAGCGGGCUACGACAGCUUUCUCACUGCUCAGGUGGCAGUGCGACUGUCUGCCAAGCUUGAACGCCAGGGAGCAUACAUUGACGUGGACAAGCAAACUCCACAGUCCACUUCUCGACCGCAGGAUGUCACCAAUGGAGUCUCCCACAUGAAGCUGUCUCAGAGUCCGGAGGCCGAUGGUAGUGUCAAGGUGAAUGGAAACGCAGGAGAUGCGCCAGUGGAGGGAUUCACGCCUUCUGUUGUUGGUGGCAAGUGGAAAAGGGUUGGUGAUCCUACGCUUGGCCCACCCGCGAAAGACGAUCCCUUCGAGUAUAAUCCUAGAGACCUUCAGCAUCGGUAUAAGAGAGAGGCUGUCACGAUUCCUGGUGGCGUGCCGGUCUUUGGAAGCGACUUCUGGAGAGUCUACGGCAACAAGCUCCGUGUCUUUGGGACUCAGGAAGGUGUGUGCAUUCUGGACGAGCAGGAGUCACCUUCAGGUUCAGAUGAUGGAGGGGUGGAUGUGUGA